AUGUCUCACGGGUUUGAUAAGGAGCAGGUGGACGAGUUCCAUGCAGCCUUUGAUAGAUUUGACAAGAACAAGGAUGGCCACAUCAGUGUCGAGGAACUGGGUGAUGUGAUGAAGCAGCUGGGUAAGAACCUCUCAGAGGAAGAACUGAAGGCGCUCAUCUCCAAGGUGGACACAGACCAAGAUGGCACCAUCAGCUUUGACGAAUUCUUGGCAGCAAUGGCCAAGUAUAAGAGAGGGAGCACCGAGCAGGAGCUGCGGGCUGUGUUCAGUGUCUUUGACCAGAAUGGUGAUGGCCACAUCACUGUGGAUGAGCUCAAGAAGGCCAUGGAUCAGCUGGGAGAGAAGCUUUCACAGGAGGAGCUGGAUGCCAUGAUCCGUGAGGCUGAUGCGGACCAGGAUGGGAGGGUGAACUAUGAUGAGUUCGUGCGCAUCUUUCUUGAGAAGUGA